UCCGUGCGCUGUCCAUCGCGGUGCUCGGCGUGUGAGGACGUGCAGACUUUUCCCGGUCCGGCCCAGCCCCCGUCCCGCCGCCGAGAUGCCCAUGUUCGUGGUGCAGACCAACGUGCCCCGCUCCGCGGUGCCCGACUCCCUGCUGGGCGAGCUCACGGCGCAGCUGGCCAAGGCCACGGGCAAGCCCGCCCAGUACAUCGCUGUGCACAUCUCGGCGGAUCAGCUGAUGGCCUUCGGGGGCUCCUCGGACCCGUGCGCCCUCUGCAGCCUGCACAGCAUCGGCAAGAUCGGCGGGCCCCAGAACAAGGCGUACAGCAAGCAGCUCUGCGAGCUGCUCACCAAGCACCUCAAAAUCCCCGGGGACAGGAUCUAUAUCAAUUACUACGACAUGAACGCAGCCAAUGUGGGCUGGAACGGCUCCACCUUUGCCUGAGCCCCCGCUCCCCAGUCCGAGCAUGUGCCCCCUGGCCGCCCCCGUGCCCCUCUAACUGGUGUUACUGCUGACAAAGAAUAAAGAUCAUUCAGUGUC